UAAAUGUUUAUUCGCAUCCCACUAUGGUACGCACCAUGAGGUACAGAGUAUGUAUUUACAUGUAUGAGUUUUUAAUCGUUGCUGUUAAAGAUGUACUCUCUGCAUUCCAAAAAUAGAUGCUUACAUUCAUUAAACUUCAUGUGUAUAUAAGAUUUUAAACCCUUUUGGUACUCAGAAAAAUUGAAUGAAAUGCACUAGUUGCAGAUGACAUCAACUCUGUGCAUUAGUCACAGGAGGUAGUGGUAGUAAGUAAGUGGAAGUAAGGUAAGAAGUAAUGGCCUUAAGGAGGUUCGAGGUUGAAUAUUAGGAGAAUUGUGUUCUUAGAAAGAGUGGUUAGGCAUUGGAACAGGCAGUAAAAGGAGGGGUGGAAAAGCUGUCUCUGAUGUUCAAGGAAAGAAUACAUAUAGCAUUUAAGGACAUGUAUAGUGGACGUGUUGGUCAGCUCAUUGGGAAGAAGCUAUGGGUGCACAGGGAGCAAGCACAGGACAGAACUAAGACAACUGAUCCAAAUUGGACACAGAGCAUCAGACAGACUCACAGGAGCAGGAGAGAAAUUUCAUUUAUCUACAAGGGGGAUUAAGGUGAAAAGCAGCACAGAAAUGGUUCAAGGUUUGGAGGGGAUGUUGCAGAGGAGUCUCAGAGGGAAGGUUGCAUGAGGAAUUAGUGACAGCAGCUAAAUCCUCUUCUGGAGGAGGGUGCUGGCUACACAAGAGAACUUCAGUAUAUAACAUAUCCCUGCCACCUUAACAAGAAUGCUUUUAUGGACUAGAGGCAAUAUUAUCAGGAGGUGAUUGAGUAGCAUGGGAACUGUGUUACCUCUUAGGCAGAGAAGGCUGAUGUGAGAUGUUGCAGAAAUUCAAGCUGACUUCAGGUACCCACUUGUGUCCUCCAGAUAUUUCUUUCAUCACAGAGAAAAUAUGCCUUAAAACUUAACUUGUGGCAGGCUGACAGUAACUUAAUUUACAGCCAGUAGAUAGAAACUUCUGAAGCCAUUCAGGCAAAAGCUGGGCUGACUUGUCCUGUUUGACUGCCUUCAUUAGUUGAAGGGGACCAUCACACUUCUGAUUUGGGCACAUCAGCUUGGUGCUUGCAAUUCAGUGAGAUAGAUUAGCAUGUCGCUGAUUGGCUUCUGUACUGCGUGCUUUUUGGUCAUCAGAGGUGACUUUUGUGUAGGCUGAAUGAAUGUCAUUCGCAUGUUGGUUGGCAGUGUCAUCUCUCUUUUCCAUGCUAGACUAUCUGUGAUGUUUAUAUUCCACCUAGGAAGAAAUCUAUGCAAUCUUGACCUGCAAAACUUGCUUGCUUUACCCUUCAAGGCCACUUCAAGUUAGUAGUAUGCUGUAUUAUUUAUAUCAUGUGAAAAAAUUGGUGAAAAAUUCCAACCAGAUUAUGCCAUUAAAAAGAAUGAUAAAUUCAUUAUACCUUAAUUUUUUGUUUAGUACCACUACUGUUCAGAUAUGUGGACUGCAAGAUUUUAAACAUCAUAAGCAUAACAUAAGGAGAUGGUAAUUUGACUGUCACAGAUCUAUAUAACUGUAGUGUCAGACAUUUUCUGUAGGUGAAGCUAAACUCAUUUUGUGAAAUAAACCAUUUUCUAUUUCCACUACUCCAUUUGAUUGGGGGUGAUAUGGGGUUUAAAGUAGUGAUUUAAUUCCUUCUGGUAUUGCUUGGUUUUGUGCUGCCUUGCAUGAGGAAUAUGAGCUAUUAUCACUUCAGCUAGUCAGGAGUAGAUGGGCUUGCAAAUAGUCCUUGCCUGCCAGUUUUGUGAUACUUAGUCCUUUAAGCAAAUCAAAGACUACUUCCACUCCUGUGAGUGUGCAUAAAAAUCUCCCAGACUGUUUAAAUAGUCCAGUAUAACCAAUUUACCAUGUAUAACAUAGAGUUUUCCAUUCAUUGAUAUGUGCUUUAGCAGAAUUAUCUGUUUAACAUUUCAGUCUAUACUGGGGCUGUUGGAGUACCCUCAGCAUGUAUGUGGAGGGUGCUGCUGGGGGUUGAGUCUCCAUAGGUCACAGUGAGGCAGCUGCUUUACUGCAUAUGAAACCCUCACCCAGAAUCAGGACAUCUGCCAAUGAUUUAGCACCGGGUUCCCCACAAACAUGAGAGAUUCGUGUCUGAGUUGGCAUCCAGCAUCUGGAGUCAUGGAAGAGCAGCCAGCUUCUCCAGCUUCUGAUUCUCCAUUUUCUCUGCGGCGGGUCUGCAUUUCUGAAGAUGAACCUGAAGAUGAAGAGCAGGAAGAGGCUCCGGAGGAGGAUACAACCCAAGUACAGAUGGAGAAAGGCUCCCUGAAGCAAGACAGGAUUGGUUCUCCUCAGUGUUCAGCACGGUGCUGGCAAGGACGUGGUGUUCUCAUCCCACAGGGCACAGAAAGCCCUGGCCAAAGGGUGGAAGAGGAACCUGAGGAGUUGCAGCCAUGCAGGAAGCACCGGCUGAACCUGAAGCCCAAAACGAGCCUGAUCCCAACGUCUCCAGGAGAAGGGGAAAGAUCUGAAGAGCCUGGGCCCUCAAGGGGAAAGAAGCUGCGCUUGAUCUGGGGCCAGUCCAGUGACUUCAGACGGAAGAAAAACCUUGGGGAGAAUGGGUUGGAGAAAGCUCCCAUGUUGCCACAGAGCAGCGAAGAGGAAGAAGAGGAGGGAAAAGCUUCUCGGUCUUGCUCCCCCGAGCCACCUCUUCAUGGGGAUGCUCGUCCCAAGCCAGAUUUUGUGCAACUGAUCGAUGAGCACGGCAUUUACUCCACGGCCAAGCUGGUGCUGGGCAGCACGGUGGGAGAGCUGGAGGAGGCGGCAGUGGUGCUGCCUCCACACCUGAAGCGUGGGGCAAGCGGGGCCGCUGAGUUUGAGAUCCGUGAGGUGAUUGUGGACGAGAAGCCCUUCCAGUGUGGUGUGUGUGAGAAAGCCUUCAAACGUGCUUGGGAGCUCUUCAGCCACGAGGUUGUGCACAAUGAGGAGCGGCCUUUCCGCUGCGAUCUCUGCGAGGCUUCCUUCAAGAGACACUCAGACUUCAAGAGCCACCGCUUGGUACACACAGAGGAGCGGCCCUUCCGAUGCGAGCUCUGUGGGAAGCGCUUCAAACGUUCUUCUAACCUCCAGGAGCACCGGCGCAUUCACACAGGUGAACGUCCUUUCCACUGCGCCUGCUGUGAUAAGAGCUUCAAGACACCCUACGAGCUGCAGCGUCACACCCUGACCCACUGCACUGAGAAACCUUUCAAGUGCGCAGAUUGUGGGAAGGAUUUCCCCACUUCCAAUGCUCUCCUCCUACACCAGAGGCAGCACUGCGAUGACAAGCCCCACGUCUGCGGUGUCUGCGGUAAGAAGUUCACCUACGGCCACAGCCUCAAAGUUCAUGAGCGUGUGCACACGGGUGACCGCCCCUUCGUCUGCCCGCUCUGUGGAAAAGGUUUCAAGCAGUCCAAUGCACUUUCCUCCCAUGAACGUGUGCACACGGGCGAGCGACCCUUUGUCUGCAAAACCUGCGGGAAGGCCUUCAAGCAGUCGUCCUACCUCGUGAUCCAUGAGCGGGCUCACACUGGGGAGCGACCCUAUAAAUGCGAAGCGUGUGGGAAAGCCUUUGCACGCCCCUCCUUGCUGCUGCAGCACCACCGCGUGCACAGCCAGGAGAGGCCCUACAAAUGCAGCUUCUGCCACAAGUUCUUCAAGGACUUGGCCUACCUGGCAGUGCAUGAGAAGGUGCACACAGGCGAAACCCCCUACAAGUGCAGUGUCUGUGACAAGGGCUUUGCUCACCCCUCCAAUCUGCUGCAGCACCAGCGCGUGCACCGUGACGGCUGAACAAGAGUAGCGUGCACAGCAUGAGUGUUUUGAGGCCAAGAAGCCUGAAGCAAGAAGUGAGCAUGCUGCAAGCAUGCACGCAGCCCCAGGCUGGCCCACUUACACAAGUAAGCCAUGUGCAGGGGAUCUGGAGAGGAGGCCAAAAUGUGGGUGCUGCUGCAGGUCUUCUCCUGACCCCCAUCCUGUUGGGGCCUCUGCUGCAUGGCUUCUCUCUGCCAAACCCUAACAUACGCUGCUCUCUCCUGCUUCCAAUGAAGUGAUCUCACAGGGAUGGUUGCUGAGCCCUCAGGCUGGGGCUGCUGCAGACUCCUGUCCCCUCACCUGCAGGGAGGUAAUGUGCUGUCCUCAGGCGCUGCUGGCUGCAGGCUUGCUGGUGGUACAAACUGAAGCUUGUGGCACUAUGAGUCUUGUGCUAUAGUGGCUGGCAGAGGCAAGCUGCACUGGCCAAGGCUGCAGUGCAGCUGAGAGAUGACAUCCAGAGCUCUGACAACACUGUAGGAAGUCCUGCAUUUAGCUGAUACUGAGGAAUGCUUCUCCUCCCUUCAGUGUUUCAAGGAGAGCUGCCUAGUUAUCUCUGUAAGUUCCCAUAACUCAGUCUUGCCCUGUAACAGGCUCCAUCAGCAUGUCUGCAUUAAGCUUGGAGCCACGUUGCUAUUUUCCUUGAGUGCAAGGCAUGGGCUGGGAGCUCCUGGGUAUCCCUUGUAAUAGGGGUACACUGAGUCCUGCAGCAGGAGGACACAGAACUGUCAGUUUUUGAGGAGACUAAGUGCAUUGGUGUAAAGUAUGAUUGGGAACAGCAAUGCCUAAGCACCUCACAUUUCUUUUAGAGUGUAAGUGUCCCGUCCAUAUUUCACUCUGCUACUGAUGAUUAGGUUAAUGACAACAGCGCCCUCUUCCCUGCUGUGCAGGGCCCACACAGGCAUUUUGCUGGUACAGAAAGCUGCUUCCAGUGGGCAUAAAGCAGAGUCAGCAUUCCGCUGGCUGCAAAUUGUGUGUUCCUAAGAUUUGUCCUCGAGGCACAAGGGAAUAUUUGGUUGACCUUGGGGAGCCAGAGCAGGGAAGAGAGGGUGCUGUCCUCAUUAUGCUGCUUGUGGAGCAUCUCUUGGAGGUGAUAGGCAAGAGGUGCUGAGCUACACAAGAGCUAUCUCACCUCACCCACUCUGGAGGAAAGAGCCUGGCAUCUCAAGUUGGAAACACCCUCUUUUUUAUGCCAUGGUUCUGGUGAGGCUGGUAGGAAGCAGAAAAGGGGGGGGGGGGGAUACACAAAUUGUUUGCAGGAUCUUUAUAAGGAAGAGGAAAGAAGAAAACCAGCCUUAGGUCUUCUUUGUUUCUAUACAGUACAUCCCCAGUGGCAGCCCCAGAUCUAGAGCCACCUGAGCUGCUGCUGAAAUCUGAAUUUGUUCUCUUUGACUGAUAGCUGCUGCUGGGCAAAGGGUGGUGUGUAGACCUUUUCUUGCAAAAGCAACACCCAAGUCCCUUGUGGGGGCACCAGCAGAGCCCCAUCCUCACAUCUGAGCCGUUUGGAGGGACCUGGUGUCAUGGUCACCUUCUUGCACACUGAGUCUGUGGGACUGGAGGUGCCAACCCUCAGACUCAUCAUGAUCCCAGUCCUACCCUGUCCCCAUUUUGUACGGUUUGAAAGCAGGUGUACACUCCUCUGCACUCUGCACACUAAUUAAAGGAUGGUUAUUUAAUGA